AGAGGGUCCUGUGCUGCGCCAAGUGCUGGCAUACCUCUACACCCUGCAGGUGCCCCAGCUGCCCAGCAUGGCCCCAAAGCUGCUGGUCGCCGCCGACAUAUACGGCCUGUCGGUACUGAAAGCGCACUGUGAGCAACAGGUGGUCGCCCAGCUGUCUGUCGAGACUGCGGCAGCUGCAGGUGUUAUCGCGAUUAGGCAUUCCGCCAACAGGCUGAAGCAGGCCGCCGUCGCCUUCAUAAAGGCCCACUUGCUCCGUGUGAUGGCGACGCAGGGCUGGGCUGAGGCUGUAGUUAACGACCCACAAACUGUUGUGGAGUUGACUCAUCUGAUUGCAGAGACACCGACAGACACCAGCACGCCAAGCGCUGGAGAGAGCAGGACCGGCCCCUCCUCGCAGCCGCACAGUGGCCACAGCGACGACGGCCGGAGCCCAGCCACAGCUGUGCCCCCCACCACUCCCCAGACGACUCCGCAGCCUGAUGACAUCGCCAUCUGUCUCCUGCGGUGA